UCUCUCCUUCUUUUCCCACAGGCAGUCCAGGGAGAGAGAAGCGCCUGGGUCGCAUCUCCGUCUUUCUCUCUUUCGUUCUCUGCCAUCCCUCUGCACUCUCCCCAGCUCCUCUGUUUGCGAUUCUGCAGCUGAAACCCUGUUGGAAAAUUCCCUGAGCUCCGCGUCAUAGGCACUACACAGGAGAACGAUAGACCAGGGGAAUAAAUUGGGAAUCCCUAAAAGAAUUGUUCUUUUCAUCUUUUUGAUGAUUGACCUGUUCCACUGCCUCUCUUUUACAAGUAAAGACUUUGAAUGGACGACUUGAUGUGACUGAAAAAGAAAAGAGCAAAAGCUUUGCAGCUUUAUGUUGCCUCACAGGACAAAGUGAUGCAAAUGAAGAUAGUGUUUGGAAGUGAGGAACUGAAGACUUAAUCCAUCUCCAAGAAAAAACUGCAAAAGAAACAGGAGAACCUGAACACAGACUUUGAGUAAAAGUGGACGAGACGCUCAAUCAACUGAUUUAAAACAAAACGCUCUUUGGGACUUCAGUCUCCCCUGUCAGUCUCCGUCUCCACUCCUUCUGUCCCAUCUGUACUUUUCCUCUGUUUCUCGGGCUCUGCUCCCUUGACUGAAGCUCAGCCAUGCAGGUGUCCAUCGCCUGCACGGACCAUAACCUGAAAAGGGGGAAUGGGGACCACAGCAAGAGUGCCACCAGCCCCAACGUGGUGAACCAAGCCAGGGCAAAGUUCCGCACCGUGGCCAUCAUCGCUCGUAGCUUCGGCUCCUUCACUCCACGGCACAUUUCACUCAAGGAGUCAACGGGGAAACACACGGGCAUGAAGUACAGGAAUCUUGGAAAGUCAGGACUCAGAGUAUCUUGCUUAGGACUCGGUACGUGGGUGACAUUUGGGGGACAGAUAACCGACGAGGUUGCAGAGCAGUUAAUGACUAUUGCCUACGAGAGUGGAGUCAACCUGUUCGACACAGCUGAGGUCUACGCAGGCGGCAGGGCUGAAAUCAUUCUCGGAAACAUUAUCAAGAAGAAAUGCUGGAGGCGAUCCAGUUUGGUGAUUACAACUAAACUAUACUGGGGAGGAAAAGCGGAGACGGAAAGAGGACUGUCCAGGAAACACAUUAUUGAAGGUCUAAAAGGCUCUCUACAAAGGAUGCAGUUGGAAUAUGUAGAUGUAGUUUUUGCCAACCGCCCUGACAGCAACACUCCCAUGGAGGAGAUUGUUCGGGCCAUGACCUAUGUCAUCAACCAAGGCAUGGCAAUGUACUGGGGGACGUCUCGGUGGACGGCCAUGGAGAUUAUGGAGGCAUAUUCGGUGGCAAGACAGUUUAAUCUGAUCCCUCCAGUGUGUGAGCAGGCAGAGUAUCAUCUUUUCCAGAGGGAGAAAGUAGAAGUGCAACUGCCUGAACUUUACCACAAGAUAGGAGUCGGGGCGAUGACAUGGUCACCUCUGGCAUGCGGCAUAAUCACAGGAAAAUAUGAAAAUGGCAUUCCUGAAUCUUCUAGGGCUUCCAUGAAGUCGUAUCAGUGGUUGAAGGAGAAAAUAGUAAGUGAGGAUGGAAGGAAACAACAAGCCAAGCUGAAAGAGCUCAACCACAUUGCAGAGAAGCUGGUCUGCACUCUGCCUCAACUGGCUGUGGCAUGGUGUCUAAGAAAUGAAGGUGUGAGCUCAGUUCUUCUGGGAACAUCCAACCCUGAACAGCUCACUGAGAACCUUGGAGCCAUACAGGUCCUUCCUAAGAUGACGUCUCAUGUGGUGUCAGAAAUUGACCACAUCCUGGGCAACAGACCGUACAGUAAGAAGGACUACCGCUCUUAGACCAGGCUGGUGGACUCCUGAGAGGUCAGCCUACCUACUCACCUGCCUACUUAACCAUACUGCUACCAUGGACGUUCAAUGUUUAAGUCCAUGGUUCUUUCCUUGGGCCCCACUCAGCUCCAGCUUCAGUCUGGAACAGACAGCCUUGUUAAGCCCAGCAUUGUCCUGCUCACAUCAGCUGUACCCGGUUCAUCUCAGCCAAGAGACGCUUAACAAACGCAGCUUUUUGCAGCCUCAAAAGCAACUUAGUCAACCUGAGUAAAUCGAAACUUUGCGUCCCCGAACCAAGAUGUUAACCCUUUUAGUGCCACUCCAUUCAAGUAUAACUAUGCAGAGCUUAGUCUUGCCCAUGCAGUUCUAGAGCACUGCAUAUUGGUUCAACUCCUCCCAGGGACCACAUUAAGAAAUACAAUUAAUUUAAUUAAUUAAUUGUAUUUCAUGAUGGCAAGAACAGCUCCUAAUUGUUUGUGAUACACCUUCACCCACAUUUACAGUUGAGAUUUGAGCAGUGCUGUAGGAAAAGCACUGCAGGAGUAUUUCGUUACUCGAAAGUGCCUUGCUCAAUGGCACCUUGAUAUUAGUUGUUGAGUAAAACAGUUAUGUCACUUGUUCACUUUUCCAACCCACAUCCUGUCGAUGACUCAGACCCUCUGGUCUCAAGCCUUCCUCUCAAAUGUCCAGACUUCCACCCACAAGUAAUUUAAUUUGAGAACAAAAUUCAUACUGAGCACAUAUUUUAUUCAGGAGAAAUGCUGUACCACAAGCUGAAUACAUCAAUACAAACACCUUAGACUUAAACUGUACAUGUUAUGUUCCUUACUAGAAAGUAAACAUAAAGAAACAUAGCUUUAGUUGCAUGAACAUUGCCAGUCAUUUAGCCAGUGCUUUCAUUCAAUUACUAUGCAGUGCAGCAAACAAAAUUACCAUAAACCCAAUACUCUCACCUCUUGUGUCUGAGGCUCAAGUCGAGGGAUAAAAUGUAUUUUCCCAUGAAAUGUGUGGUUUAGCAAUGACAGUGCUCAUACUUCUUUAAAAAAAAAGCUUUAUGAAUGAGGCCUCAGUGAACCGUUCCCUAUUAUCUUGAAUUAGUUUCAAACUACCUACCAUUUGUACUCAAACCUGUAUUUAGUUUAGGACAGAAUAGUAUUCAGUAGAUAUGAUAGGCUGGAAAUCCUGAGUGCAGGUGCAUGUUUCUCCAGCUAUAGUGUGCCUCCCUUCCCUUUUCUACAAAGCACAUAAGGAAUCAACAGAAAGGAGUUGGAUCAGAAAUACUGCAAGCUUGUCUACUGUUUGUCAGUGACCGCCUGUCAAGCAAAGGAUCCUGGAGCAUCAGUGUCAUUGGGAUUGGGCCUUUCAGGGAGAGAGUGAAGCAUGUUGCCCCUGUGUGGUCUUUUUCAGGAACUGCUGCUCUGCUUCAGGAGGUAAUAGAAGAGAGAAAUAACACUUAGCAAAAGCAUUGGACAACUACUCAGUUUGCAUUUAUUAUGGAGACAUUUGACUCCCUUUCGGUUUGUGAACUGAACCUGCAUUGCUGAUUGCCUCAAUGAACCUCGCAGAAAAGGACUUAAGCAUUUAUCUAUGUAAUAAAAUGAUGCCUCUUUGCUGGUCACAAAUUGCUUGUUAAUGGCCCAAAGAGACAUAUAGGCAAGAGAUGUGGAAAACAUUACAGUAUUUAUUCUAGAGUAGUUAUUUUGACAUUUUGAGAUAUUGUUUUGAGAACUAUGGGAAAGUAACAUGUACAUAAAAUGUUAAGGCAUACCUUGUAACAUAAACAAAACCACGAAGAAGCCUCUUGUGCAAAUUCAGACUUUACAGUACUGUAUGGCUAAUAUAUAAAUAAGUAAAUAGAGGUGUUGUAUGUAAAUAGUUAUUUUGUUGCUCCUCUAUAGAAUCACUGCAUCAGUUGGAGUGUUUGAGUCACUCUUCAUCCCAUUCUCCUCCAGGCCGACUUCACACUGUCACAGAAUAUAUUGCUGGCUCCUGAAGAAUAUUUCACAUAAGUAUUUAUAAAGAGUAAUGGUAAAUUUUCUUUGUUUUUGCAUCGUGAAGUCAGAUUAUGUGUUGCAGUGUUAAAAAUGGCAUUAUUUAAAGAAGGACCUUCUGUAAGUAAUGAGCUUCUGUUCAAACUUAAGCAUUGACCCUGAAUCAUUAUCUCUGACCAGGCAGCUGAGCUCUCACAGUUCAUGUCACCUUCAUGCGUUGUUUUCUGAUUUUUAUCUUCUUUUUUCUUUUUAUCUGGAAAACAAGCCAUCACAGAGAUCAGCAGUAAUGUUGGCCAGGUUCCAGUUAAGUCACUGCCUUGUCCUUGAUGUACAUUUGUUGACUUGUAGCACAAACACCCUCCAGAUUUUAAUCAAAGGAAAUUUCUGCCCAUGUAGUCCUUUGCCAGAAAUGCUGUUACACACAUGACAAUGAAGCAUCAAUAAGCAGUGUUUGGCUGACAGUUUAAUUUUCUGGCCUUUGGGAUAAAAAAAAGACCAGGCCAAAAAUAGACUUCCCUAUGGCUAUUAGCAUUGACCUGGUGUUACAAAGAAGAACAGACCUCUUAAGCCUCAUUUUAAUGCAAAUGACGAGCAGUUUGCUAACAAAAAAACAUCCAGGAAAUCUAUUUAAGUCUCCUUUAAGGUCAGAUCAGUGUAAUUCCCUUUACUUUAACUCUUAGUGGCAAUAUGUGUGCCAAAACAUAUGUUUAGUUUGGUUGCAAGUCAAUAAACUGUCUCUCAGUUCCAGUCAGUGACCAUGUUGGAUCACGGCCUGCGUGUGGAGACUCCUCCACCCGGCAGAGUGCCUUCACUUGAGUCCCACAAUCUAGGAGGUCUUACAUUACCAGUUGUUAAAUCGUGUCCUACAAAGUGAGAAUAGAACAAGAUGUAUGCAGAUUCCUAUAUUAUUACAUUGCCUAAUCUACAGUAUGCAUUAAAUAUAACCUAAUUAGGACAAAAGCCUUUAAAAACAAAGCAGUUGUGUACACAAAAGUUUGUGUAGAGGUAACUUUUGUAAAAUUGACUUGAAAUGAAGUAAACGAUUCCUGGAAUUGUCAUCCGUCUUACGCUAAAGAUUUGUGUAUGGCAAUGGCUUUGUUCCAUCUUAGCCUCUAUUUAGGCUGUUUCCCCAAAAAUAAUCUUACAAGAACAGUUAAGUCAGAGAGGUAAAAGUGAUUUGUCGUAUUUUUAAUCUUCUCCUUCAACCAGCCAUUUGCUUCAUGAAGCAUCAGUUUGUCUUAAGAAAAGGGCACCAAGUCUUUGAGAGCUAGCAAGUAAUACAACAUUGCUGUGGGUAUCAAUGAAAUGUAAAGUAAUGCAUUAAUAGUGAUAUUUGUAGGGGAACUACCCUAAAUGUAUCAGUGUCUGAAAGAAUAGUUACUUGUUCAACAAGUUUACGCUCUUGGAAAUGGAGAUGAGCUAGAAACGAUCUGUGGCUAAACUCAACUCUUAUUUAUAUAACAUGAACAUUUUUGCAAUGUUACACAUAACCUUUAACAUAUGAAACCAACCUAGAUCAUUUCUCAUAAAAUAUCAGGUAAGGUGUGUUUUCUACAACAUGUAUAUUUGUGGAUGGAAAGGAAUUUGACAUCCAGUUUGGUUCUCUUUUUGUUAAGGUGACAUGCAAAGCAUCAGUGUCUCCUUUCUCUCCUGAACAGUAGUUUCUCUGUAAAUAGUCUGUAUGAAAGUGUGAUUCUAAAUAAAUGCAUUGCCAAUGGAAA